CGGCUCUCUAUCGCUUCUAGCUGUAGUAGGGAUAUUCCAAACCUCUCUCUGUCUCUCGUUCCUUUUCUUUCUCUUUCUUCUUCAUCGACCUUCUUUGCACCACUUCUUAUAUUUUUACAUUAUCUCUGAACUGAAAAAAAUCACUUCAAGGAAGCAAUCAUGGGAGGGUCUCAUAUGGGGUUGCUCAUGUUUUGCUCUAUGCUUUUUGUUUUGGCUUCCGGGUCAUCCAGAAACUUGCCCAUCAUACCCUUUGAUGAAGGGUACACACCCUUGUUUGGGGACAAUAACUUGGUCAUCCAUAGGGAUGGAAAAUCUGUUCAUCUUUCACUUGAUGAGAGAACAGGCUCCGGGUUUGUGUCUCAUGAUCUUUACCUUCACGGGUAUUUCAGUGCUUCGAUUAAGCUUCCUGCUGAUUACACUGCGGGUGUUGUGGUUGCCUUUUAUAUGUCGAAUGGUGACAUGUUCCAGAAGAACCAUGAUGAAAUCGACUUUGAGUUUUUGGGAAAUAUUAGAGGCAAAGACUGGAGGAUUCAGACAAAUGUUUAUGGCAAUGGAAGUACCAGCAUAGGCAGAGAGGAAAGAUAUGGUCUCUGGUUUGAUCCUGCGGAGGAUUUCCAUCAGUACAGUAUUCUCUGGACUGAUUCUCAGAUCAUAUUUUAUGUAGAUAAUGUUCCUAUUAGAGAAGUUAAACGAACAGAAUCUAUGGGAGGAGAUUUUCCUUCUAAGCCAAUGACUUUGUAUGCCACAAUAUGGGAUGCAUCUGAUUGGGCUACCAAUGGAGGGAAAUACAGAGUAAAUUACAAGUAUGCACCCUUUGUUGCUGAGUUCUCUGACCUUGUCUUGCAUGGUUGUGCGGUUGAUCCCAUUGAGCUUGUAGCUAAGUGUGACAAUGCUCAAAGUUUUGAAGCAGUUCCUUCUGGUGUUGCACCAGUACAAAGAAUCAAAAUGGAGAACUUCAGGAAGAAGCACAUGACAUACUCUUACUGUUAUGACAAACUCAGAUAUCAAGUCCCUCCAUCAGAGUGUGUGAUCAAUCCCCAUGAAGCUGAAAGACUAAGAAAAUUUGAUCCUGUCACAUUCGGUAGUGGCCGGCGUCACCAUGGGAAACGACACCAUCUUCUGCCUGACCAUCACAGCCGAGGAAAUCAGGCAGAAGAUGCUUCAUUCUAAGAUGGUUCCGUACAAAGAUAUAUAUUUUCAUCCUUGAUUCAGUUUGAUUGUUACCUGGGUUGAUAUUUUUUCUUUUUUUCUUUUUCCUUUCCUUUUGGUAUAUAUAGAGAGAGAGCCAGAGAGGCAUAGAGUUCCCGAAUAUGAUAGUUUUGAUAUGGUUCUUUCUGGUGGGGUAUGUGUAUAGUUCAUACCUUUAGGGGUUCCCAGGUAUUUUGUUAUUCAUGUCUUAUGCUUUACAAAUUGAAUCUGUUUAUUUCUGUAUUUAGACCACACCUCAGUGUUUCAAUAAAUUAUUUAGCCAAUUAGCCUGAGUUCUUUAUAAAAUG